UAGUUUGUGAGCUUGAAAAUGAACAUCCUUACAGUCUGAGGCGGGGUUCUCUGCAAUCAUCCUACUCCAACUAUAGACAGGGAUAAUGUGGCAUUUCUUAUUUGUGAGUAUGAAUGAAAUUAGUGGAUCCUGCCUUUAUGACUCGGUUAUAUUUACACUACUUGUCCAAUAGAUUUUUGUAGUCUUAAAUUAUUACUUGAAAUAAACGAAAAGCUAAAAAAAUCUGUGUCCAGGAAUGACAUGCUAGCUAGAGAUAAAGCUAUCUAAUCCUGCUAGCUUGCAACAGAUCUACUUGUUGUAACUCGCUCGCUAACUAGAAAGAUGCUACAUUACUAUGGUUGCUGGGUUGUAAAUUGGGAGAAAUGUUACAGCUUGCUAAAUGGUUAGAUUACAAAUAAAUAAAUACUUUACCCGAUAAUAGUGUGUCAGGGAGAUCUCUCUUGAGCUGUCACCAGCUGUCUACUGCCUUAGGUACUGAUAAAUUGAUUAGCAGAGGUGUAGAGCAGAGAAAGUACCACAGAUAGUACACACGUUUUGAUUGGUUUACAGUUUAGUACUAGACAGCGUUUGCCUGUCCAGCCAGAGAACAUAAAAAUAAUAAAAAUAAAUAAUAAGUAAAUAAAAAUAAGUCAUUAGAAAAUUGCAAGAAUUGACAUUGCCAACAAACAGAAAUGUGUUCAGAAUAAAUGCAUAUACACAAUAUGUCAAAACCAGCUCCUCCCUAGACAGAGAUGAUAAUCUCAAAAACUAAAGCAGGUAGCUAGCUUGAUAUGGCCCACCACCUAUUUGGAUCCACAUUAGCUUUUGCAGAAGCAGCAGCUACUCUUUCUGGGGUCCACAAAAAAAACAAAUGACCUGACAAGUAAUUAAACAUUGACAGACAACAACAAAACACUGAUAGACAACGACAGUCACACAAAUGUCAAAUACAAUAAUAUAGAAACAAUACAACAACAAAAAUUAUACAAACAAACUAGCUAAAAUAAUACAAACUAGCUAUUGAACUACCUAGUAGGCUACUGUGUAUGGGGCGUGUAUUGGUACCGGGUUCCAGUGUGGGUGCAUGAAUUGCGAAGUUUACCAAACAGGCACAGAAUAUAGGGGCACUGUGGGUGCCAGUGGGUUAGAGAGGAUAUUUAUUCACCACUCUCUCCUUGGCCCCGAGGUGCCCUCUUCGCUUGCCUCCUUUUAUUUGCUGUGUCGGCCGAGCAAGCUGCUCGAAUGGGCCCAUUGGAAUGGAACGAAAAGAAGAGGCAAAUGCAGCUGUGACGUGGGCGUUGUUGUUCCAUUCAAUGCGCUCGCUAUGGCAACGGGGCAGAGGGCCGGGAAAAAUGCGCCCCUUCUCUUUGGACAGCAUCGCGAGAGGCAGCUGGAGGCUCCGUGACAGUUAAUAUCCCACUGCUCUGAGCGCAAGCCUCCAUAAAUACAGGUCUACACAAAACAAGGAUUUUCUCUAAAUGCAACUCUAUAAAAAAUUAAAAUGUAAAAAGAUUAUACUGUUUGGUGAAUAGGUCUAGGCUAUAUUUAUGCCAGGUCGCAGUUGUAAAUGAGAACUUGUUCUCAGCUAGCCUACCUAGUUAAAUAAAGGUGAAAUAAAAUAAAAAUAUUUGAGCAAAAAAUUAUACACAUUUGCACAAAUGAUAUAGCCCAUGGUUCUUAUGCAUUUUUACGCAUUCAGUUUGUGGAUGUUUCUCACAAAAAAAUAUUAAUAGCCUACUUAUUCACUUAUAAAAGUUUAUCCGAAGGUAAAGUUUAAUGACUCGUUUUUUCCACUGAGAUAAGAGUAUAUCCAGUGUUUCUCAGUCAACCCCAGCUUUUCACUCUGCCUUGUAGUUUGCAGCAGGACUGCCAGUAUUGUUGGGGCGAGUGAUAGGGGCUUCUAUAGAACCUCCCGUGACCAAUGAGCGUGGUGCUGUCAGGGGUAACCACAUCUGUCAACCGUUCUUGGCCAAUAAAGAGCGGAGCGAGGCGGACCUCAGGUGCGCGCCUCUGCGUCCCCUUGGCACGGCGCCAGGGAGAACGAGAGAGAAUCCUAGCUGCCCCGUGGCGGAAAAGAGUAACUGUCAAAGGCAGCUUCUUUAACAAGAGAGCUAUCACUUCGGCUCCGAGAGUUAUGGCGACCGCAGCGUCCAACCACUACAGCGUCCUGACUACCCCCAGCAGCGCGCCGCCGCCGCACUCGGAGUCCGGGAGCAUGCAGCAGGCAGCGGCGUACAGGGACGCGCACACCCUGCUCCAGAACGACUACACGCUACCCGGCAGCGGUCAUCCCCUCAGCCACGCGCACCAGUGGAUAACGGCUCUGUCGCACGGGGACGGGGCUCCGUGGCCGUCGAGUCCCCUCGGAGAGCAGGACGUGAAGCCAAUUCUACAGAGCGACCGGGAGGAGCAGCAGAAUUCCGCUAGUCUACAGCAACAGCAACAGCAGCAGCGACAUCCUCACCUAGCGCACCAGGCGCAUCACGACGCCAGGGCAUGGCGAACGAGCACGGCCACCACGCACAUCCCCGGUAUGGCGACGUCUGACGGCCAGAGCCUGGUGUAUUCCCAGUCUGGGUUCGGCCUGGGGGGAGCAGAGCAGAUGCACCACCACUCCUUGCGGGACGAAGACCACCACAGCCACAGCCCGCACCUGAGCGAGCAUGGAGGUGGGGGCCAGUCGUCUCUCUCGCACCACCAGCACGGGGGACACCCCGAACACUCGGACGAGGACACGCCAACUUCAGACGACCUGGAGCAGUUUGCCAAGCAGUUCAAGCAGCGGCGCAUCAAACUGGGCUUUACCCAAGCUGACGUGGGGCUAGCGCUCGGGACCCUUUAUGGAAAUGUAUUUUCCCAGACCACUAUCUGCAGGUUCGAGGCGCUUCAACUAAGCUUCAAAAACAUGUGUAAACUCAAACCACUGCUUAACAAGUGGCUGGAGGAGGCGGAUUCCACCUCGGGGAGCCCCACCAGCCUGGAUAAGAUCGCGGCGCAGGGGAGGAAGAGGAAAAAGAGAACCUCCAUCGAAGUGGGCGUCAAGGGGGCUUUGGAGAGCCAUUUUCUCAAAAGUCCCAAACCCGGCGGCGCAGAGAUCACCUCCAUAGCGGACAGCCUGCAGCUGGAGAAAGAAGUUGUGAGGGUUUGGUUUUGUAACAGACGGCAGAAAGAGAAGAGGAUGACGCCCAUUGGAGGACAGUUACCUGGAACUGAGGACAUGUAUGGGGACACACCACCUCACCACGGCGCUCAAACCCCUGUACAAUGAUCUGAAACCUGUUAUAGUAAACACACGGAUCCCUAAAGGAUAUGAAUGACCUUUAUGUUUCUCUGCCGGGCCAGUUAGCAUUGGACUGUCGCCAGUGCUAAUUUUGGACCUAUGGAACACAGUGGGAAUACCGAGUGUUGGAACUAAAGCACUACACCCCAGACACAGCGAGAGCUAUGUGGAGUUUUCAUGCAGUGGAGAUGCUACGCGCAAUAACGGCUACAUGGACCGUGUUUGGUGUGUGUGCUAACCAAAAAAAGGUUAAAUAUCAUUGACAUCAAAUCGAUGUUUAUGGCCAAGACGUGUAAAAAAAGAAAGACAGUAUAGGCUGUGUGCACGAGCCUACCCGCGGGAAACAGGCAUACAAGUUGCAGCCGACAGUCGGUAAAUAAACGCCAUCUUUCAGUCAUAACAAAAGCAACAGGGGUUUAACACGGUCGAAGCUCAAUACACCUGCUGAACCAUUUAAUACUAGCCAGUGCCAUCACCAGCGUAUUAUUAUUUAACCUAUUCGUAUUGUUAUUAUCAAUGUAUUAUUAUUAUUAUUAUGUUUCUACCACAAAGGCAAAGCAUAUACCAUGGUUAUACUGUGUAUUUCCAGAGUCAUAUAAGGCAUGCAUACAUGGGAAAAGGGACAUGGGAUAUAUUGAGAUGUAUUUUGAGAUGUAUUUAAUCAAUAAAUCAAUAUGAUCAAUAUUUAAUCAACUUAAUUUUAAUCAAACAUUUGUCAUAAUUAGUUUAAGUUUGACUAACUAGCCUAUAUUUGAAUUGUAGUUGGUUAAUGACCAUCAAAAAUAGUAAACACGGUAGAUAAUACACUGUCAACAACAUAUUUACCAAGGGACAAUAUCUCAGUUAUAUAUGUGGUCAGAUUGUAUCCAAAUAAUCUAAACCCUUUUUCUUCAUAAACAUUAAACUGUCAUAUAAUAGGCCUAAAUAAUAAUCAUAAUAACAAUAACAAUAAUAAUACAGUAAUAAUAAUUGUGGCUUUUGUAUGCCUUGGCAAGGCACACACCACGGGGUCAAAAUAACCAUGAAAAUGAAUUCAUUGUAUUUUCCCUUGACACUUCGUGACGUGUCCAUCAUCGUGUACAUUUGACCGUUCUGCGCGACUUUUUACAGUAGGCUAUGUGUUGUAUUAGUACAUUUAUUUAUGUGUUUCCAAAAUGCUGUGACCAGAAAGACCGAGACUGUAAAGACCCAUACCAUAUCACUGAAGCCUGCCAUUUGCCUUCGUUUCGUAAGAAGAAAAUAACGGAAUAUAUAUGUACCAGCUCUGUCUUCAGUGGCUCUAAUUAAUCUAUACAAUGAUUAAUUCACUAAGAAGAAUUAUUCGUGGGAUGUAACUUUAUUUGUUUUUGUAUGGCUUUGUAUGUUUGUUUGUUUGUUGAAUUUCCUCUUGUAGACCAGUGCCAAAGCACAAACACGUGCACUUGCUCUUGUGCCACUCAACUUGUGAUAUGUAGGCUAUCUGACAGCAUGCAGGGUCGGGGUCAACUUUGGCAAUUCCUGGACUAAAUUCAAAACCAAUGACAAUAGUCCAAAUGUGUAAGCUAUUUCGAGAACUUGGAUUUGAAUUUGAAUGGUGUCAGGAGGAGGCUGAUUCGGGAUUUGAAAUUGAAAGACAGAAAAUUGAAUUAAAUUCAUGGGAAAUUCUCCACAUAGGCUACUGACAAAAAAUGGAUUACAUUGGUAUAGCAAAUCUAUAC